UGCCGUGUUGACAGCGGCGGCCGCGCCGGGAGCUGCCCCGGGAAGCGGGUUGGCGGCGCCGGUUCUCCGCUCCCACCUCAGCUAUGGCCUUCAUGGAGAAGCCGCCGGCCGGCAAGGUGCUGCUGGACGACACGGUGCCGCUGACAGCGCAGAUCGAGGCGAGCCAGAGCCUGCACUCGCACACGGAAUAUAUAAUCCGUGUUCAGAGAGGAGUUUCAACAGAAAACAGUUGGCAGAUUGUGAGGCGAUAUAGUGACUUUGACUUGUUGAAUAACAGCCUGCAGAUCUCAACUCUAAGCCUACCUCUUCCUCCAAAAAAGUUGAUUGGAAAUAUGGAACGUGAAUUCAUCGCUGAAAGACAGAAGGGACUCCAGGCCUACCUGGAUGUGAUUACUACCCAUCACAUACUGUCUAACUGUGAACUGGUAAAGAAAUUCUUGGACCCAAACAGCUAUUCUGUAAAUUACACUGAAAUUGCCUUACAGCAUGUUUCAAUGUUCUUCCGAUCAGAGCCAAAGUGGGAAGUAGUUGAACCAUUAAAAGAUAUAGGUUGGCGAAUACGUAAGAAAUAUUUCUUAAUGAAAAUUAAGAAUCAACCAAAGGAACGGCUAGUGUUAAGCUGGGCUGAUCUUGGCCCUGAUAAAUACUUGUCUGACAGAGACUUACAGUAUGCUGUGAAACUUCUUUCUUCCUGUUCUCAUCCCUAUAUUUACAAAAUCACUUUUGCCACUGCCAACGAAUCUUCAGCGCUGGUUAUUAGACCAUUCAGUGAAAAAGGGACACUAAAGGACCUUAUUUAUAAGGCAAAGCCAAAAGACCCAUUCCUGAAGAAGUAUUGCAAUCCUAAAAAAAUUCAAGGUCUUGAACUUCAGCAAAUAAAAACAUAUGGAAGGCAAAUAUUAGAGGUAUUAAAAUUCCUCCAUGAGAAAGGAUUUCCUUAUGGCCAUCUUCACUCUGCCAAUGUGAUGCUGGAUGGGGAUACCUGCAAGUUACUGGAUCUAGAAAAUUCCUUGUUGGGACUUCCAUCAUUUUAUCGAUCGUACUUUUCACAGUUUCGGAAAAUUAAUACUUUAGAGGGUGUUGAUGUUCAUUGCUUUGGACACUUACUAUAUGAAAUGACCUAUGGGAGACCUCCAGACACAAUUCCAGUGGAGAGCUUCCCCCCUGCUCCAUCAGUGUUUGUUGUGUCAGUGUUGGAGUCCAUUCUGACUUGUGAAGCUCUGAAGAAUGGGAUGCCAACUGUCUCACGGCUCUUACAGAUGCCAUUAUUCAGUGACGUCCUGCUAACAAACUCAGAGAAACCACAGUUUAAGAUUCCUACUAAGCUAAAAGAGGCAUUGAAAAUCUCCAAGGAAUGCAUAGAAAAGCGAUUAACAGAAGAACAGAAAUUGAUUCACCAGCACAGGAGGCUGACAAGAGCUCAAUCUCAUCAUGGCUCUGAAGAAGAAAAAAAGAAAAGGAAGAUCUUGGCACGAAAAAAGUCAAAGCGCUCUGCCAAUGAAAGUGGGGAAGAACACUCAGCCAAAUACAGCAACUCAAAUAACUCAGCAGGCUCUGGGGCGAGUUCCCCUUUAACAUCUCCAUCAUCCCCCACUCCGCCCUCCACAGCAGGAGCAUCGUCCAUCCCCCCAGCACCGCCCCCGCCGCCCCCGCCCCCAGCAGCUCCUCCCCCGAGCACAGAGGUGCCCGCGGUGCGGCCCGACGUCAGCGCAAGCCGGGGAGCCUUGCUCAGCUCCAUUCAAAACUUUCAGAAAGGAACUCUGAAGAAAACACAGACGUGCGACUACAGUGCUCCCAGGAUCAGCUGAGGCCACUGGUGACUCCAGGAUUCAAUUCCCUCUCCCCCUCCUGUGCUGACCCUCCUGACCAGCAACUACCCACCAGCACACAGCAGCUGCAGCUCCCUUCUUCUCCCUGGUUUCAGCUUUCCUGAGUAGCAGCACCGCCCUGCCCGAGUUGCUUUGCCAUGCUGGGAUAAGUACUCCGGUCUCCACUUGGCUGCAAGAACUGUGUUCCCUAGCUACAGUUUCAGGGGUACAGCAACUCCUAUAUAGCUGAAUAAAAAAAUCUGAAAAUA